AUGGAAAGUAUAAGUAAACAGAAGUACACAAGACAAGUCAACUAUAAAGUUCCUGUUCGAAACCAAUUCGACAUCCUCAGCGACGAAGAUCCUGAAAUCGCACCUAAAACUAAAGAAUAUAUACCAAAACCAGAACCAAUUUUUGUGACUGGUAUUGUCAACAUAACACCCUUAAGGGAACUUAUAGUCAAAGUUGUGGCUAUAGAUAAGUUUACGAUGACUACGCUUAGAUCAGGACAUAUCAUUAAGCUAAUGCCUGUUGACAUCGAAACCUAUAAAACAAUAAGAGACAAUCUAAUUUAA